CGAGACCCGCAACAUUCUACAACAGUACAUGUUCCACGACCCUUGGUAUCUGGGGUCGAGAGAUCUUUACGAUGCCACCACCCGACAACGGAAAUGAAUACCUCCCCUUCCGCAAACUCAUUGCGCUCGAACGAAUUAACCCCCUCACAUAUCGGAGCAUCGCUCUGGCAUUUGGCCCUGCCAGCAGCAGUCGCACGUACGGCGGCCAUGUCUUCAUGCAAGCUGCAUAUGCUGCAGCACAGACGGUGAAGAAGGAGUUCGUCUUGCACAACGUCACUGGCUGGUUUCUGUUGGCCGGCAAAGCCAACGAGAGAUUCAUCUACACCGUCCGCGUACUGCGAGAUGGAGGCUACUGUACCCGUUCGGUAGACGUGAUGCAAGAGAGCAGUCCGGAUAUCUGCUUCACCUGCACUUGCUCCUUCAAGAAGCCCGAGAGUGCAAACGCUGUCAACCUGAAUGCGUCUCAGUCCAUAAAUCUUACCGAGAAGUUUGGCGCAGCUCUCAAGGGCAAGCGUCCGCAUGAACACGAAGAAAUGCCGGGCAUUGACACGCCAUGGUACUGGGAAUUCAUCAGAAGACACAAUGGAUACACCGAGCCCUUUCCCGGUCUGAGCCUGCGAAAGGUCAACAUGGAUGCGUACAAACACGUUCCACCACUCGAACGUCGACAUCUCAAGUAUUACUCGGUCAUCGGCGACAUGCCGACGUGGGAGGAAGACGCGAACAUGCAUGCCUGCGCGCACCUCUACGCGAGCGACCGCAACAGUCUCUUUGUGAUUUCGAACCAUCUGGGCGUCGGAGAUAAUUACAGUUCGAUCGCCAGCCUAGCGCACACGGUGAUUUUCCACAGUAACGCCGAGGAGAUGAACAUGAUCGACCCGGCAACCGGCCAGGCUCGCUGGUUCUGCCAGGAAGCGUGGGCCGGGGGGAGCCGGCAUGGCCGCGGCAUGCAUGAAAGUCGGAUGUGGAGGGAAGACGGGCUGCAUGUUGCCUCGACCGUGCAGGAUGGAAUGCUACGCCCGCGGACCGAGCAGAGUAAGGGGAAAGUGGGCUUCUCGCCUGAUGGGAUGAUUGAGGGGAUGGAGAGGCGGAAGGCGUUGGGAAAGCUCUGAUGAUUGUAUUUUGCUGUCCCGUGAACCGGCAAAUCUAAAUUCAACCACGUUUCCGGGCUCUUGCAUGCUCAUUCUUGGGACGUUGUGAGG